CAACGGUUUAGUAAAUAUCGACCCUGAAAUGAAUGCGGUUAUUCAUUCGUGUCUUGGUUAUUAAAGAGUACGGACUACAAAAUGAAGUUUUAUACGGUGAUAUUCUUCUCGUCUGUUAUAAUCGUGAAUUCACAGAAUCCGCGAGUUAGUUCUAAAAUAGGUGAAAUUGUUGGCAACGAAAUCAUUUUACCGGUUGAUCUGCCCUACAAAACUGUGCAUCAAUAUUUAGGAAUUCCUUUCGCGAAGCCACCUGUUGGAGAUCUGAGAUUUCGCAAGCCGGAACCCACUACGUCCUUAACGUCGCCAUUUUAUGCCCAGAAGUUCAGCGCAAUAUGUCCACAGCGUCCAAUAUUUGAAACAACCUUGAAAGAUCCGCAGGAUGAGGACUGCUUGUACCUGAACGUGUACGUGCCUGAACGAGAACCGGAGAUACCUGAUGGACACGCGGUUUUGAUAUGGGUUUAUGGUGGCGGUUUUCAAGAAGGCACAGCAAACACAUAUGAUUUUUCUCUUAUGUCGGUAGCUGGAAACAUCAUUGUCGUCACAUUUAAUUACAGAGUAGGGGUUUUUGGUUUCCUCAGCACUGGCGAUGAGAAUGCUAGAGGAAACUAUGGUCUUUGGGAUCAGCAUAUGGCUUUUCAGUGGGUCCAUGAUAACAUUGGCGACUUCGGUGGUAACAUCGAGAGAGUAACAAUUGCAGGGGAAUCGGCUGGUGCCAUGAGUGUUAUUCAGCAUGCACUAGUGCCAGCCAAUAAAGGACUUUUUCAGAGAGUAAUAGCACAAAGUGGAAGUAUGUCAAUGCCUGCCAUGGACCUGGGAAAAGAUUCUAGCAAAGAUGUGCAUACAUUGGCUGAAAGUGUAGGCUGCAAAACGGACAAUAUUGCCGAUGUAAUAGAAUGCUUGAGGGUGACAAAAGUUGACGAGCUUCUUGCACAACCAGUUAUGUUCAACCCAGUUUUUGAUGGAGAACUGAUUAAGAUCAACACUCGUGAUAUUACAAAGAUUGCAAAAACGAGAUCGCUAGAAGAGGUCGAAUUUUUCCGGUCUCUUGACAUUCUGAGCGGAUUUAAUGCAAACGAGGGAGUGAGUGUAUUACCGUGGAUUAUGAGUAUGCUUCCGAAGGAGAUGCAAGUGUCACAAUUAGAAGACUUUAGCUUUGAUCAUUUUAGGUGGACAGAUGAUAUUGUACCUGCUGUUAUGAAUUUUUCAUUUCUUAAGCAUUUUUCAAAGGAAAUUUUGCAACUAGUUGAUGCUCAAUACAGGUCCUGGUCAAGUCCAUACGAUCAACAUUUACUUCGUUUACAAUUCGAGAAAUUGGUGGGAGAUUUGACUUAUGCUAUACCAGCGAUUGAAAUGGCGCGCCUUCAUGCCAUGUCAUCCUCGAGUUCUGAGAAUAACUUCAUGUAUCAUUUCUUACCAAAACCAUCCAUCCGGGCACAACCCACUCCCAGUUGGAUAUCGGGCGCAGGUCACGCUGACGAGCUCAUGUUCAUGUUGGGUGCUUUUGACAUGCUAGGUGUUGGAGAAGAGAAUGCUUGGGAAAAUGAUCUGAUGACGAAAAUGAUGACAUAUUGGACAAAUUUUGUCAAAUCUGGUAAUCCAAACUUUCCUCAACCAAUUAAGCCAGCAUGGCAUGAGUACAAUAUUGCUGGCGGUAGUUAUCAAAUACUUAAUGCAACAAUGCCGUCCGACAUGCCUGGUCCGAGAUAUUUCUAUGCAGAGGAGACUAAUUUCUGGUUGCACGUAUUUCCGGAUCUUGUGGAUGCUGUUCAUGGUAAAGGAGGAGAUUGUGGGGACGGAACCUGGACUAGUGCAGCCAAUAAUCUAUCACUCCACUGGGCAGUUCCAUUUGUACUGUCAAUCUUUCUGUGUAUUAUUUCAUGACUUUCUAUCAUACAUUAAUUCUUAAAUAUAUAAGCUUACAUAAUGUUUUUACAUCUCUGUUCAAACAUACUGGGUCUUAAUAAAUGAUAAGAUCGGAAAAAAAUGAAUGAAAAUAGACUUUCACCAGUGAAGAUUUUAUGUUGUACAAGUCCCAUAACUCUGAUUUUAUAUUGUCGAGUUAAUUUAGUAUUUCUUUAGAAUCGUAUUAAGGUAAUGUAAAGUUGUCAACUACAACAUCUUGUGACAUAUUCAUUUUCAAAAACAGUUUCCAUUUUUAUUGACAAACUAUUUACAAAUAUUAUAUUAUUCUUGUAGUUAAAUUAAUUAUCUUUCUUUUUCAUUUCUUUCAUUUCUUAAAGCCAUAAUACUUCCUCUUUUGGAUGAUUUUACACGUGCAUCAGAGCGACAUCCCUCUGGGAUUGGUGCUAAGUGGUAUCUAUUGCUCUAAACAAGUUACAUUUAUUGUGUAUAAUUACAUCGGGUAUAGCUAAUACAGUUGUUGGUAAAAUGGAUAUUCUCUAAAGAGGGUUUUACUGUAUAUGGAUUUAUAAUCAAUUAAAUUUCUCAGCCUUUUAGCGUUUAGUUUAUGUGUGUUUUUUUUUGUUAAUAUUAAUAUAUUGACAUGUAUAUACAU